GAGCUCCCCGAAGCCCCUGCAUCGUUUGCGAACCUCCUUCCCGACGAUGGUCCACGAAUGGUCCACGACGCUGGACGGCCUGCCUGGCUUGACGGCGGCGCAGAAGGGCAAGGCGCGCAUCAUCCUAAUUGGAAAGUCUGAAGACGAGGCCUCGCUGCUCGUCUCCGAGCCACCAGACGUGGCUGCCGAGGCAAUCAAGGAGAUCCUUCGCAGCACAGCUUCGGCGGCUGGCCAGGGCGUGGAGAAUGCGACAGGUUUCGCUCGCAUGUUCCUGUCCCCUACCGAGGUGCUCCGCUCGGCACUGCCUCCUGGUGAGUUGCACCCGGCGCUUCGGCGGAGCUCGACCAGCAGCCAGGCCUACAGUCGUCGUCCGGACAAGGUGCUCCUCUGGGAGCACGUGGAACCCGCGGAGGCAGGCGGUGGCAGCGGCGGUGGCGGCGGCGGAAACGAUGGCGGCAGCAGCGGUGGUGGCGGCGGCGGCGGCGGCAGCAACAGUCCGCGGCUGUUCGAGGCCAUCUGCGACCACCAGGACUCGGCGGACGUACUGUACGGCCGGGACCUGCGGCUGGUGAGGCACACGCGUGUCGGGCCGCUGAACUCGGGACGGGACGUGGACUGUGCACUGUGCAUGGCAGCGACGUGCCCCGGUGUGCUGGGCCAGCUUGCGGACGCCGUUUUGCCAAACGAGCAAGGCGGCGGGAUGCGUGCGUCGUGGCACCGCCAGCUGCCCACGGCCAUCAUCCAGUCUGCAAUCGGCACUGACGGCGGUGGCGAGCAAGGUAGUGGCCGUCCCAUCUACGGUUGGCAGCACGCCGCUGCCACCACUUCGGCGGCAGUGCCCUCCACGGCUCCCGCCAGCUGCAGCACAUUAGACACACAGCAGGGUGGCCACCGAUGGGAGGAGGACCAGGUCGUGCUGCUGGAAACAACAAUGGACAUCAGUAGCAGCACCCUUUUACGUGCGGAUGCGUUGGCAGCAGCAGCAACUGCAAGCAUGGCGGACCAGCAGGGCCACGGCGCAGGCGGCGGAGAGCAACAGCGGCAACCUGCAGCAGCAGUAGCCGCAGCCGGCGUGCAGCAGGCGGGUGGCAGCCAGGGCCUCGGUGGCCCCGCGGGCGUUACGGGCAACCGCCGUCCUCUGGAGGAGCAGCAGGAGGAGGUGGUAGCGGCGGCGGGCCCCGCAGCCAAGCGGCGGCGGUACCAGUCGCAGUGCGUGUGUUUGGGCGAGCUGCAAGUCGUCCUAAAGCUCAUGGUACGAACGCGGGACGGGGACGUGCAGCCGAUCGACCUGCUGGAAGCGUACAACAGCGACCAGCAUCCCUACCACCAGCUGGCGCGGGCAAUGAUCAGCCAGAUCUACACGUACAUGCUUGCCCGGAACACCUUCUACGGAUUCAUCUCCUGCUAUCUCGCCACGUGGCUGGUGUACUGCCCGCCCAACCGCCGUGACCUGCUGUACAUAUCCGUCGUCUUCCUGUCCACCACCACUGCCAGCGUGCGGGCGCCAGCGCCAGGUUGUGAUGCGCGAAGCACCGCGGCAACGGCCUGCGGCGCCCUGGCCUUCCUGCAGUGGCUGGCUCUGCGCAACGCGCCCCGCCACCCGCAUCAGCUGCAGCAACCUACUGGCCUGCAGGGCCCGGCUGCAGACGGCGGCAGUGGCGGCAGCAGUACCAGCGGCAGCGACAUUACUGACGAGCUGGACGCGGGAGGACAGUCCGGCUCUGGACACUUAUACAGCCCGUCCUCGCGCAGCCUCGCGGCGGCAGAGGAGACAUCUUUCGGCAGCUACGCUCAGCCGCGGGGCGGGCAGGAUCUCCGAUGGGCGGCGGCGUUGGCUGCGCAUCCGGCCUCCCCCAUGGAGAUGGGACAGCAGCUGCCGGUGAAGGCCGCAGCAGCGGUGGCGCCGGCAGACACGAGUACGGCUGCUGUGCGGCAGCGGCCGUCGCGUGUGCUCCUGCGCUUCCAGGAGGAGCUCGGUGCCGGUAGCCACGGUCGCGUGCUGGCGGGCACGUGCGACGGCGUGGACUGCGUCAUCAAGCUGUUGGGGCCGGACCGCAGCGGGCUGGCGGCGUACGAGCGGGAGGUGGCCGUCUACACCGCGCUGGAGGGGCUGCAGGGGCUGCACGUGCCGGAGCUGCUGGCCUGGGGCGACGUGGACUGGGGCGUCCGCUUCCUCGCGGUGCGGCGCGUGGCCGGCGGCCAGCCGCUGUCGCGCCUGCCGCGCCCGAUCCCGGCGGCGGUGGUGGCCGCGGCGCGGCGGGUGCUGGAGGCGGUGCAGGCCGCCUGCCCAGGCUUCGUGCACGGCGACUUGCGGCUGUCCAACAUGCUGGCGGUGCAGGCUGGGCCGCCGCAGCCGCAGCCGCCGCUGGCAGCAGGGGCCGCCAGCGCCGGUGGCAAUGUCGGCUUCGCGGGUGGCGAGGGCGGGGGUGGUGGUGGCGAGGGCGGCCGGCAGGCCACCGGCACGCAGCCACACUGCGUGCUGCUAGACUUCGGUUGGUCGCGGUUGGACGGAGAUGCGGAGCAGCAGCGGCAGGAGCUGGAGGACCUGCAACAGCUGCUGGCAGCGGCGACGGCGGUGCAGCAGCAGCGGUAGCAGCAGCGGCAGCAGCAGCAGCUGCAGCAGCAGCAGCUGCAGCAGCAGCAGGCGGCAAAGAUACUCCUGCAUAGGUGGUACUCGCUCGCGCAUCCGCAUCCGCAUGGGGAGCUGCGCGACGAGUCGUGUGCGUUGCAGUGGUCGUCAAGGCAGCAGGUUAGGGGAACGGGGGCACAACGCACUCGCAGACGUACUAGCGUACCGCACUGAUCGCGCUGCGCUGCGGGGAGGGGUUCAUAGCGCCUGAUGAGGACUCGGCGCGCACGACGCAGCGUGUUAGUAUGUUGGGGAGCGAGAUAGGCAUUCAAGAAUCAAGAGUCUACAUGAACAAGAGACCCAAUAAGAACCGGGGGCCGAAGGAAUAGCAGGUAGGAGGGCCGCAGGAGGGCAACCAUUUCUUCAUCGCGCUUCCACAACGUGCAGGGCUGUUAGUUAAUUGGAGGUACAUAGGUACGUGCAUGGUAGUCAGAGGUGGACAGUCAAUGUUGACCAUUGUUGGUGGGUUUCAGGGUAGCGCCCUGCACUAGGCACACGCGCUGCCAGCUCUUACAUUCCGUGCCACGUGCGCUCAAUGAGUUGUGUGAAUUAUUAAAGGCAGCGGGUACGGACAACGGGGGCUCGAGUGGAAUCGAAGCUGUACAACUGUUCACGCUGCUCAGCAGGAAAGGGGCCGCAGCGGCUGAUGCGCCUCGGGGCACACGGAGGAGUGUGCAUGUAAUUGUGUAGGCAGGGGGGUUGAGCAUGUCAAGGACCCAAAGAGAGCAUUGGUUGGUUGCGCUGGCACAGCAGGGCUGAUGGUGAAUAAGAGGUACCGUGCUCAUGUGUGCUCAAUGCAAGGAAUUGGAAUUAGAGAUAAGAAAGCUGGGCGUUGUUCCUGGCUUCUUUUGUAGCGUCAUCCAAGCCCUUGCGUUGCGUGCGAGUGCGCUGGUGCGCACAUUGUGUGCGAUGCGCUUGGUUUGGGGCGCGGGGCAUCAUACCUGCCAUCUUUUGACUUGCUUGUGUGUGUACGUGGGACGGACGGCUCAGGAUAGGAAGGCAGGGUUAUGUGGCCGGGGCAUGCGAAUGGGACAGUGUCAAGGCAGGUUGGUGAAGUCCCGCAGGGUGCAGCGCCUGCCCGCGCAUGCCCCCAGCCACUCUCGUGCAUCCACUUCGGUGCGUCUCGCCGCGCACCGCGGCCUCUGUUGUGAACCCCAGCGCGCUUGUUCACAUCUUAACCGU